CUCAUUCUCUCUUCGCUUUUUCUUUCUCUGUUCACAUUUCACAGUAACCUCCAAAGUCUGCCGCUUUUCGAAAGACUUUGAGAGUGUCGAUAGUAAGAAAAAAAGAAGGAAAAACCCUAAUUAUUCUUCAAUUUUGACCUCCGCAUUCGCGUUAUUUACAGUCAUACCGUUCCGUCUCCUUUGCACUCAGUCUUCUUUACUCAUUGGUGAUCGUAGUCGUUGGGAAGAGCGGGGGGUGGCAUUUGGCGUAAAUAAGUGAUGAAGUUGAGUGCGGAGUCGUUUUUGCCCUUUUUGUUGGCUCCGUGAUGGGUGUAGCUAAUGCUUGGAGGUUUAGCGUGAUAUCGGCGAACCUGGCGCUGUUACAGCAUCCGAACGGCAGCAUUCCAGGCAACAAGAUUGUGUGUUGGAAGUGGCGAUCCUCUGCGGUGCAGCAGAGGAAGCCGAUCUCGUGGCCGCUCAUCUGUGGCUUGAUGCUCUUCUGCUUAGGCAUGAUUUCGCUCUUCACUGGACACGUGGCGUCUGAUCUCGACUGGUACUCUCAACGGCUUGUGAAACGAAGUCUCUAUUUCAAAUUGGAUGGAAGUAAUAAAGCACCGAUUGAUAUAUGGAAAUCCGAAAAUGCAAAAUACUACUAUGGAUGCAGCAAAAGAAGUCGUAAAUUUCGUCAUGCUAUACGUGAGCGAUCAUCAAAUGGUUAUUUGCUUAUUGCAGCAAGUGGAGGACUGAAUCAACAAAGGACAGGAAUAUCAGAUGCUGUAGUUGUUGCACGGAUUCUGAAUGCAACCUUAGUGGUGCCUGAGUUGGAUCAUAAUUCGUAUUGGAAGGAUGAUAGCGACUUUGUCAACAUUUUUGAUGUCAACUGGUUCAUUUCAUACCUUGCAAAAGAUGUUACUAUUGUCAAAAGGGUUCCUGAUAAAUUCAUGCGAUCAAUGGAAAAACCUCCUUACACUAUGCGUGUCCCAAGGAAGUCCCCUCCAGAAUAUUAUCUAGACCAAGUUCUGCCAAUACUUAAAAGAAGACAUGUCCUGCAACUGACAAAGUUUGAUUACAGACUGGCCAACAACAUCGAUGAAGAGCUACAAAAGUUACGUUGCCGGGCUAAUUUUCAUGCUUUAAGAUUUACAAAACCUAUUCAAGAACUUGGACACAAACUUCUUAUGAGAAUGCGUGAGACUGCAAAACGUUUUAUUGCAGUCCAUUUGAGAUUUGAAGCUGAUAUGCUAGCAUUUUCUGGCUGUUACUUUGGUGGAGGCGAAAAGGAGAGAUACGAGCUGGGUGAAAUACGAAAACGAUGGGAAACAUUACCUGAUUUAGAUGCUGAUGGAGAGAGAAGGCGAGGUAAAUGUCCACUUACUCCUCAUGAAGUAGGAUUGAUGCUGCGGGCACUUGGUUUUGCAAAUGACACAUACAUCUAUGUUGCAUCUGGAGAUAUAUAUGGUGGAGAAGAGACUCUGCGACCACUACGAGAUCUCUUUCCAAACUUCUAUACAAAAGAGAUGCUUGCUAAUGAAGAGCUGAAACCUUUUCUUCCAUUCUCUUCUCGCCUUGCUGCCAUUGACUACAUUGUUUGUGACGAAAGUGAUGUUUUCGUCACUAAUAACAAUGGAAAUAUGGCCAAGAUUCUUGCAGGUAGAAGGAGGUACAUGGGGCACAAGAGGACCAUAAGACCAAAUGCCAAGAGGCUCAGUCCUUUGUUGAUGGAAAGGGAUCAGAUGGAUUGGGAUACCUUUGCCAGAAAGGUGAAAGCGGUUCAAAGAGGAUUCAUGGGAGAGCCCGAUGAGAUGAGACCAGGACGUGGUGAAUUUCAUGAAUAUCCAUAUUCUUGUAUCUGCGAAAAGCCACCCAGUGAUGAUGUCAACAAGAGUAGAGAUUCUCAGAACAAGUCACAGGAAAUCAAGGAUUUAGGAAGAGAAACAAGGAAGAAGAGACAAGUUUAGGAGCCGAGGAGAAUGAAGAAUUUUUUCCUGACUAGGGGAAAGAACAAUGCUGCAGGUUGAUUUCAUGACUGGAACUUGUUUUUCUAUUGAUUGAUAAUGAUCUAACAUACCUGACGCCCCCUGCCGAAUUUAAUGCCAUCUUUUGUGUUAUGCUGGCGGAAAAUUUGACAGAACAUACCAUUUGUGCCAAAACAAAGAGAAGGAAGUUCUUCCGCUUUCUUCUCAGUUUCUUUGCUGAUCCACAAAAGAAUUUCAUCUUUUUUGUACAGGUAAAGGAAGCUUAAUAUAUUUCAACUGUUAAUAUAUAUAUUAUUAGGCAAAUAGGUAUGUAGUUACAGUAACGUACAAUACUGGAGCUUGCUUACGUGGACUAUUCAAUUCAAGCGUUUAAUGAUCAAUUUAUUCAAGAUAUUGGUCAUAAAUCAUGAUUCUUUUCCUUUGCUGCACAUGCUUUGCACUUAUAAGCCAUGACGAACUUGGGCAUUUGAGUAGGCACUCAUUGGG